AUGCAGACCCAGCUAGGCUUUCCAAAUGACCCCAUUUUCAGCCAGCUUCGGAGGCUAGCCAAGCAGUCGCCGGGCGUGUUAUUCCACGACGAAUAUGGUGUUGAUGCAAGAUAUAGCGACUUGAUCCAUGACGUUAUCCACCUGCGGGAGAUCCUGCGAGAGCAUCUCCCGAGUGCUUCAUUCGACGAGCAGGGUUGUCUGCGAGAGGAUGCCAGGUCGAUUGCGUUUCUGGCCUAUAGUGGAUAUAGCUUUAUUAUCAGCUUCUUUGCCAUUGUGGCUUUGGGGGGUAUAUGUGUGCCUCUAUCAACGGGGCUGAAUCCGGACGAGGCGCUGUACUUUCUGAAAAAGGUCAAGGCAGCCUAUAUCUUGACUGAGAAGAGAACGGUCGACAUGGCCACGACAUUUACAGAACAUGCCCGAAACGAGGGCCAAAGGGUGACUUUGAUCACAAUCACAAGAGCGGAUCCCGCGAUAGCGACCAUCUCCAGCUCGACAGAACUCGAGAUCAACCAGGAGCUGACCUUGCCAGAAACAGCUGGCUGCCUGAUUCUAUUUACAUCGGGCACAACCGGGCCUCCAAAGGGUGUUGUUCUCCCCCGGAAGAUGUUCCAUUGCGAAGAAGGUAUAACACCCGCAAAGCUCUAUCUCGCAUCCUGUCCCCCGCACUGGGUAGGCGGAACAGGACUGAUCGACAGUGUGCUUGUCGGUGAAAACCUGCAUAUACUGAAGAGUGAAGCCCCUCCUUCCCGGUUCUGGGAAGUGCUGAGGGAAGGAAGAGCCACGGAAAUGGCCAUCUCCCCGACGUUGCUGAGACGUUUGAUGGAGUACUACCAGGAAAAUAUCAGCCAUCUUGCGGCUGAACAACGGAAUGAAUAUAUAGACGGGGCGAAGAAGCUGGAACGGGUGCUUGUGAGCGGCUCGAUGCUGAAUCCAUCCACUUGGCGCUUCUUUGCUGAUUUGACCGGUAUGCCCAUUAUCAACGGUUACGGGAUUACAGAGAUGGGUGGGGGUGUCAUUAUCAACCCCCUGGGCUAUAUCGGUAAAGUCAUCCCUUGGAGAACAGUCAAGCUGUCCCACGGUGACCAUGGGGAAAUUCUCGUCAAAAGCCCAAUCAGAUUCUCCCAUUACAUUGGCGAUGAAGCAGCCACUGGCGCCGCCUUUGAUGAGGAGGGAUUCUACAAAACAGGCGAUCAAGCCCACCGCGUCGGUGAUGAUUACUAUUUCGACGGAAGGAUUUCAUCCGACUUUGUUCGCUUCCACGAAUACACGAUAUCCAUUCCCGAGCUAGAGAGACAACUCCUGGAUCUCCCAUAUAUCACCGAAGCGCACGUCCUUCCAGUCAAAGACCACGGAGCUGGCGGGUUAGUAGCCGCUCUUGUGCGGCUUCAAAAGCAAGAGAGUGACAGCGUUACCCUGAAGCGGAUACGCGACGACCUCGCUGCGACGAACCUGGCUUCGUACAAGUUGCCUGCCCUCUUGCGGGUUCUCCAGAACGAGGAACAUGUCCCGUUGACGCCGUCCGAGAAGGUGUUGAAGAGGGAGUGCCUCCGGAAAUUCUUCCACAUCUCCGAGUACAUACCGGAUCCAUAUGCCGUGGAAGGAGUCGAAUACUGCGGGAAUCAGCUUGAUCUGGCUGCUUCAUCGCGCGUAUUUGACUGGGGAGGUUUAUAA